CUUGUGUUCAAGCUGAAGAAAUGUGUCACUGACAGCAUCUACAGUAUGGAAACGAAGGAGAACCACACAGCCUGGAAAAUAAGCAACUCAGAGUUGGAGCGACAAGUGUGGGUGAAGUCAGAGAUGAAAAUGCAAUAUGAUAACAGAAAUGGUUUGAGGUAGAAGUGAAGACGGAAGAUGACGGCGAUGACUUUUCAUGGUUUUACUCUUUAUUGAUUUAGUUUAUCGAAUCUAUAUUCUUGUUUAUGGUUUUGAUUGCUUUCUUUGCUUUCGAGUAUUUGUAAGACGUGCUUCUUGCUCUCUCUGGCACGCUGUUGGGUUAUUGGUUCCUAAACAUCACGUCUGCUCUUUGUUGUCCGUUGACUCCUACAUUAGGGAUAGUGAAAUAUUUUUUGUUUUUCUCUUCGUUGUAUAUGUGCUUUCUUUAUUCUUGUUCUUGCGCUGCAUGAUUUUGGCUCGGUUCUUACCAGAUGUAUUGCAACAAACACAGAAACAGAUUCACAACCGUGACAUAUACUCUAAAAAACAUUCCCAAAUUAGUUAAAGGGUUGUAUGUUCAUGUGAAUUAUUUGUCACAAUUAAGAAUUCAACGUUAAUAUAACAAAAAAGGAGGUAGAAUCUCUUUAACAUUUUUUUUUAUUUGAGCACAAGCAUGUAAUAAAUGAGCCCCAUUUGAGUUACUUGUGUUACUUACGCUAUGUGUUAAACAAAUGUAAUCUGAUGAUAAUCUGUCAAUUUUUAUGAUGUUAUACCAGUGAGGCAUCAUUAACUUAUUUGACUGGUUUUAGGUGGCAGUUUUCUCCUGAAAGACUGGAAUGUCACGAACUAAUGAACACAGAUUAUUCAGGUAGAUAACUCUGUGCGCUUUAUUCAACCUAAAAUCUUACAUAACAGAAACACAAGAUUUGGCUUUAUAAAAAGAGUGUUUAAUACUUUAUUUUCAAAAGGUGCUUCUUAUUCUCACCAGAAGACAUGUUAUAUCUGACUGAAUAUUGCAUAGGUGCAUUUGUUUUAGCUUUCUUCGGGAACAGAAAUAUUUUCAGGCAAAUUUAACUAGUGCUACAUUAGGCUAGGCUCCACACAGCCAGAGGAAACAAGUGCUUUCUCUGACUUCAAAUCAGAUGGACGGCACAAUGGAAAAGUCUUUGCAGGUCUGAAACCUAAACUUUUUAAAACCUUGAGAUAUCUCAAUAGCAGUACCUAGCAAAUACGCUGAACAAAAAUAUAAACGCCCCAUGUCAAAUAUAAGAGUUUUAUGAACAUUUGUGUUACCCAAUUUAUAGAGAAACUCAAACUAUAUUUACAGUAAUUACUGAUCUCCGUAUCGGCAUUUAGAACAUCGUGGUGCGGCCAUUUGUAGCGGAUUGACAGUCCUUUGAACAUGAUAGGGGUCAGGUUGAGGAAUAUGAUCUUGACCAAGUUGGCUUCUCGUAGGCGUAGGUGUGGCGUGGUGCGUCUGUUGUGCAGAGCAACAGUCUCAUCAGCUGUGUGUGUCGCCGGUCUUAGCCGAUCCCACAGAUGGACGAGCCGGAUGUGGCGAUCUUGUGCUGGACUGGUCACACGUGGCCGACGGGGAUGAGGUCGAUUUGCAGUAGUGCCAAUUUGUUGGAAACAAACUCUUGAACAGCCGAUGGUCCGAUAACGGACAUUGAGCCGCGCAGCUACGGCUCUGGUGGACGUCCCUGCAUCCAACAUGCCAAUGACACACUCCCGCAUAUUGAAACACCUGGCAUUAUGACAACAUUUUACAUUUUGGGGUGGCCUUUUAUUGUUUCCCAGUCCAAGGAUUGUCCAGUUGCUGCUCAUUUUGUCUGAUUGGCCAUUGAACAUGCCCCACCCAUGCACUGAGUAAAAAAACUACUCACCCAGUAAUGCUCACUGACAGCAAGAUGGGUCAAAAAUUAUACACAAAUCAAGAGAAAUAUUGCCUUUGUACAGUAAAAUGUCAGCAAAUGCACAUUUACAGUUGUUAGCGCCACAUGGCAACAAUAUUUGACAAAAGGCUUUUAUAUUAUUGUUCAGCAUACAUGUUUCUGACCGAAAUGCUAAGGCACUUGAGGAGGGAGAAUGUGUGCUAUCAAAUCAGUUUAGAGGAAAUAGAGAUUUCUAUUUCCACCUGUUUUCUCCACCAUCCAUCGUUUCCCCGGCGUCGCCUCGUCGUUCUCUCCUCCCCCAUCUUCCGUUCUGGACGACACGCUCUAAACUUAUACGCCCCACUUCUCGGAAACGGCAGACUUUCAUUCAGAACUCGUCUGGUUUUAUUUUUUUUUAUAUAUAAACCUUUGACCUUCGAUUAAUUAGGCACGAUGUGCAAAAGACACUUAAAAGCAAGUCGGGAAGGAGGGUGAGGAUUAGCCGAUUCGCGGCUCGUACAUUAAGUCUGCCGCGAAGUCACGGCGUCGCAUGUUUGCGUGCCAUCUUAAGAGUGCUGGUGGAUGUAUCCUUGACAUAACUCCUGAUGCGCUUUGCCAAGGAUUUUAAGUAAAUCAAGGCUGAGAGGUUUGGACUGAGUAAAAUACACCAAGGGGAUAUGAGCUGUGGGCUUACGGGGAAAGAAAAACAAAAAUAAAUAAAUUUAGAAGGACUCUCUAGAGGAAGUCGAAGGAAACUGGGCAAACAAACAAUGGAAACGGGAGAGAUAAAAGGAAUGCUUUUUGCUAAACUAUGCUAAAUUAAAAUGGAAAAAUUCCAAGGUCUUCUUGUUCUUUAAACAAGAACCUUGCACUGUAAUUCUGCAUAUCUUCUGAAGGCUAUUAUCUACCGUCUGCUGCGGUUUUCUCAUAAUGACUCCCUUCCUGUAUUCUUAUGUCGCUCUCCCUUGAGAUGACUUCCUCUCUACCUGUCUGAACUCUUUCCUAUCCACUUCCCUUCUGCCAGCCCUCCACCAUCUCCUUUUCCCCGUAGUUAUUCCCCUGCUCCUUAAUCCUCCUCCCUUCCCUGCCAUAAUUCCUCUCCCGUUUCCCUCUUUGCUUCUUUCUGUCAAAAUCUCUCUCGUUCCCUCCCUCUCUUUGGCAGACUCUGUCCUCUUCUCUCCUCCCCUCCUCUCACUUCGCUCCCUACCUUCCUCUCUUCUCCUCUCUGCUUUCCCCAUCGCCUCCUUUCCAUCCAUCCAUCCAUCUUUCACUCGUUUUUUUGUUUUUUUUCCCCCCUUCUAAAUCAGUCCUAAUAGCCCGCAGUGCCGCACAUGCUCCAGACGUGCUUGCAGAGGUACUGGCACAUUCAUUACGCAGAGGCACAAACACGCAUCGCACGUGGAUGCAGGGGCACGCGCACACGCUAGCUCGCUCGAGCUGACCUGACGCUCAGUCAGCACCGAUGUUCUUAUAUGUCAAACUGACAGUCGCAUGCGGGAGAGAUGUAAAAUUAAAGGGAGAAAAGGGGAGAAAAUGGAGACGCAGUGCAACAAACGGACUGCAAUGUGGGAUGAGCGAAAAGUAAAUGGAGACGAACGAGAUACUGUGAGGAAAAAAAAAGGUUCAUGGAUUGAAUCUAUAAUCAAACACUGAACAGCAGGGGCAGAACAGCAAGCUAACAAGACGAUACGCAAUGCUGAGUUUGUGUUUUCCCCCCCACAAAAUAUAAAUGUUUCACACAUCAGAGUUCAAAAGAAUAUGUAAUUAAUAGGGUUUUUUGUUUUUUUUCAAAAAAUGUGUUUGUGUACUUCUAAAAAUACUCAAUUCUGUGUUCUCUGGAAUGAAAGGAAACAUUUUACUAAUAUUUUUUUGAUAAACUAAGAAUCUGAUGAAUUUUUGCAGGGUUUUUUUUACUAUUUUUUUUAUUGUGUUUGUUUAUUAUUAUUAUUAUUAUUAUUAUUAUUAUUAUUAUUAUUUUACCCGUUUAGUUUAGCGCUGACAGGAAGCUCUAAAGCAGAUGCUAACUUCAGCGUUACUAGCGCUUCUUACCAGUAGGUGGCGGUAAUGCACACCAUUAAGUUGCUUGCCAACCGCCAUUAAAAACAAAAAGAAGAAGAAGAAGAAGCGUUACUAGCGGCUAGCGGCUAGCUUGUAGCAUCGAUCGACAUACUGAGCAGCUUUUAUUUCGCAGCAGCAAAACAAGGGAACUCCAGGACUUCUUCCUUUCUAAAUCAAGUGUAUGUAUUAAAUCUUUCUUGUUUUUUUGAUUUUCAUUUUAUUACUACAAGAAUUGGCUCUGAAGACCAAAAACUAGCAUCUUGAAGUUUUGUCCUCAAGAUUCAGUGUCAGUUGUGGAAUUUUAAGGUUAGGGCUUGACCAAUAAAAAGGUUUGAUUUUGAACAAGAGAGGACAAAAUUUAACCAAUAGGGGCAGAUGAUACACUGUAUUGGUAGCGGCUAACCGUUAGCCUGUCAAAGUCUUCUCAAAGUGCUUAACUCUUGUAUCUUGUCUCGGUUCUGGGUCACCCUGUAGCUAUUUCAUGCCCACAGAGAGAACCUUCUUGGCUUUUCUUACUUUCCAACAUAUUUAACAUGUUUACUAAAUUUCUGUUUCUCUUAGUUGUCCCUUUUGGUUAGACAUUGAGAUAAAAAAAAAUCUAGUAAAAAUGGAACAAACAAAGGUAGUUUAUAAGAAUAUGUGUGCCCUUGUUGUCUCCAGAAACAAUCAGAUGGACCCAGGGCCACCGCCGUCAUAGACAGAAGAGCUAGUAUUUAACUUUUUGAAGAUAUUGUAAAGAGUCAACUAACUAUGAACUGUCUGAAAAUUGGGUGUGAUUUGAUGCGUAGCCACUAACAUUUUCUGUGGGAGACAUUUUAUGUUAUUUUGUACUCCACAAAGUCUGACACAAGCAGAUCAAAUCGGAAAAGUUACUUCACUGUAAAUGGACAGAUAUAGCAGUCAGUUUGCUGCUACAUCUUUUUCCCCCCACUUGGUUUCCCCAAAUGCUGCCAGAUAAAACUGAAAGCGGUGGAGGCUUCGUCAAUGUAGUCAUUUCCUCUUCUACUUCAAACAGAAUGUCAGGCUUAAACUACAUGGCAACUAGAUAGGGUUCCAUUUUUAUUUUAAUUCUUCCAUUUUGAUGGAAAAAUGUCAAUAUUUAAAAAUUUGGAGAUCUCUUUCCACCCCUAAUGUAACUAAGUAGCAAAAGAAAAAAAAUCUGAGAAAAGAAGGUGCCUGUGACAUAUAAUGAACGAGAGAGGAAGAGAGUGAAAAGGGAGAGUCAACAAGCCAAGGACGUGCCCAUUUAUGCACAAAAGGCACUUGCUUGAAUGCGUGAAUGUGUGUGAGUGCAAGAGAGAGACACCAUGAGGGAGGGCUGGAGUGAGCCAGAGAGGGAGGAGAGACUCGGAAACAGGGAGGAGGGAGAGAAACGGAGCGAUUGCGUGAGAUACUGACAGCCAGUCCUGCCACGGAACGGCAGCAGCAGCAGCAGCGGCAGGAGAGCGAGCAUCGCCAGCGAACGGGACACACACGCUCCGAGCGGACCGAGGAUUUAAGGGGAAAACACGCCGACGAGGAAGCGACGACAAAAGGGAGAGGAUGGAAUAAAGCAAAACAAAAAAAAAACAAGCAAAAAAAUUGCUUCUGUGAGCGCCUCACACUUCUGUUUGGAGCAUCCCACAAGCAGAGCACCAGUGAAAACACAUACAUAUGAUAUAUAUAUAAAAUUCCUAUACAUAUAUAUCAAAUUAUGCCUGUUUUCAAAGAAGCUGCAGCCGGACAACGACUGAAUUGACAUCAAAAAGCUUCAAAAAAAUUGGGAGAUAAUAUGCAGCGUUUUGCUUAAAAACUGUUGCAUAUUAAACCUUUGUUGUUAUUUUUUUUUCCUGUUUUUUUUUUUUUUUUUUUUUCAAUAGGGGGAGUGAAAAUGGAGGCAAAAAUAGAACAAUUUUAUAACUGGAAACUGAGUAGUCGAUGUGAGAUUGUCUCAAAAGCGCUUUUGCUGUGCCGUGUCCUGCAUUUCCAUUUGGGCUUUUUUUGAAAACGUGAUAUUAUUGUUUCUUUCUCUGCCCUUGGUGCCACGCUGCCGUCGGCUGUCGCGUCUCCACUUGUCUCUGUCGUCCGCUUGGGCUGGGCUAGCUUUGUUCCAGGAAGGCUCCUGAGAGGGCUCUGCUGAAAGUGCAGAGGGCAGUCCGCGGGAUCCAUGACCCCACGGUGAUAUUUCCUCCAGCAGCGGCACAAAACAAACCAAAACAAAACAAGUCUUCCCAGGUCUUAAGAGGAAAGGGUGAGAGACGGAAAGAGGUGGAAACAUCAAAGGAAGGAUGUGAUGGAGGGAAGAUUAGGAUAAGAGCAUGUAAUGAAAAUAAAUAGUGAAAGGGGAGGAAAAACAAAACUACUGAAGAAGAAGAGGAAGCCAUGAUCCACCGCGAAAUGGACGAAUAAUUUUAACCCGUUAAUCUUUUCUUCCGUUCAUGGAGCAGAUCCAACACGACAAAAUAAUAGCUUCAGUACAAGAGCCCUUCUUACUCUCUUCCCCCUCUCUCAUCACCUGUGCACUUGCAGGGCAGAGCUGAGUCGGCUGAAAGCCAAGAGUGGAGUCCUGGGUCUGUCAGAGGCCCCUGGUUCCGAGGAGAGGAGGGAUUUCAGGGGAGCAGCAGCAGCUCUGCGCGCGGCCGGCGCCAAAAGCCAUUGGACUCCUGUGUGUGUACCACUUAAAAAGCUCCAGACUGAUACUGUCAGUGUCCUGUCAUCAGGGAGUUGAGCUCUUUUUGUGGAUGCGUGCGUGUGGAAGCAUGGAUGUGCACGAGUGAGAGAUAACAAGCCUCAGGUGCACUUCUGGACGGCGAUCACCACAGGAAUCGAGCCUGGACCGAUCCGCCAAAGAUACUUCACAGCUGCUGAUACCUGUUGGGCUCUGUGGCUGAAAAUAGAAAAGCAGCAGAUCAGUUAAUAAAGACGUCAGCGGCCGAGAGAGCGGAGGGGGGGAGGGGGUGAGGGAGUAACAUCUACCAAAGUGGACUACAUUGGUGCCAAAAACAUGGCCACCACGAAAAUAAAAAAGCUCCUUUUCAACUGUGACAUUGAGAGAAGCAGGAUGAUGGAUGCAAGUUAAGACCUGUGACGGAGAUAUUAAAAAUUUUUUUCUUCCUUUCUGGACGCCUGAACCGAUUUGACUUCAGUGCUGAGGUGACAUCCACUCAGGGAUAUGAGUCUAUGUUUGGAGUGAAAGCCCUUCCAUGUGGAAACCUUCACUAGCUGCAAGUUUGAAUUUGCUUUGCCCGCCAGCACCGUUAGGAACCUACAGUUCUCACGUUUCACGGAUUAUUCAUCCACUCUGUGGGAGUUCAUUGCUGAAAAUGCUGGGGGAAAGUUCAUUCGUAUGUAAUCCAUCCUCCUAAAUUGGAUCCUCCUCCCCGAGGGUUUGGAUUUGUCUACAACCGCCUCUGCUGUCUGCCGGAGACUUCGAUGGCUUUGUAAAAGGAGCUUUUUGGUCUUCUAUUACCGGUCCCUGUCCGAACUGAGACGCUGCAAGACUCUGGAGUAAGUCCAUCAUGACCGCUCCAAUGUGUUUGCUCAUGUUGAACUUUUCACUGGCCAUGUUACUGGGCCUGACCACCCUGAGUGGACUGAGCUCAUGCCCGUCAGGACAAGUUUCAGCGCAGGUCUCUUCCAACAACCAGAGCACAGAUUCGUCUGUGUUACCAGAGGCGGCACUGGCAACACCGACGCCGGACCCGGAGCUACAGACGGAUUCAACCAGUGGGAACCGCUGCUGGGGGUACUAUGACGUCAUGGGCCAGUGGGACCCGCCAUUUAACUGCAACGCAGGCAUCUACCUGUUCUGUUGCGGUUCCUGCUUCUACCGCUUCUGCUGCCAGUUCAGAGUCCACAGUCUGGACCAGACCUCCUGUUCCAACUACGACACACCCGUGUGGGCAAACACCGGGAAACCGGGGCUGCCAGUCACGGAGGUCCACCAGGAACCGGAUCGAGAUCGGACCCACAUGAUCGUUUACAUUAUCUGUGGGGUGGUGGCCAUCAUGGUGCUGGUGGGGAUUUUCACAAAACUCGGACUGGAGAAGAGUCAGGGAGGUCAAACAGACAUGACAAACUCAAGGACUCUGACGGAGCUUCUGAAGCAGCCGGGGGAGGCAGGAGCUGUGGAUGGAGCUGGAAUUCAUCAUCCCAUCGGGACGAACGGCAUCACGGCCAGAACCAUGCGCACCAACAAUGAUCACAACCACUUGAACAAUGCAGCUCUAUCCCCGCUGGGACCGGCCAUGGCCUUGUCUCACCCUCACAACAACCUGGGAAUUGGCUUCAAUAAGUACACCUCACUCAAGGCCGUAGACACAGGUAUAAGAGACUACUACAAGAGCUACCCAAUGGUAGAUUACACCCACCGCCAAUCUCCUCCAACCUUCCAGCCAAUCAACUUCCACCCCAAGGACAAGCCCUUCCUGCCGCCUCCCGACGUCCACGCACCUCUUGCCAUCACCAUCAACGCCUCCCAGAUGCCCAAGCCCAAGAUCUCCAAAACCAACACGCACCCGCUCACCUCCAGCUCGGCCUUCAAAGCGUGGGACCCGAGCAAGAGCCACGUCCCGCACCCGACGGCAACCCACAUGGGCAUCAGUGCGCAGCAGCAGCAGCAGCACCACCCCAUCCAGCAGCAGCACCACCAGACGCUGCACCAGCAGAACAGUCGGCGCCAGGCCUACUCCAACAAGAGGCAGUUCAGCAUCGAGACGUUGCCCGAGCUCUUCUCGCAGCCGCUGGGCUACGGCCACUCGCCGCACAUGCACCCCAAGCACAAGGGACUGGCCACCAACAGCAAGACGGAGGUGACGGUGUGAGCGAACAAAGAAACGGCGUCGAGGGGAAGCGCUCUGAUAUCCUUUAUAUCCACAGCUACCGUGUUGUGUAGCAAGCAAAUAUCACAUCUGGGAUUUUUAUGAACUGCAUUUUCCUCAACAUUUUUAACUGGAACAAAGAUAACAGCGUGUGUGCGGCAUUUGUAUGUUUUUGAGACCACCGGAUUGAAACCCCAACGGAUGAGCCGUGAAGGUGACGUAGCAGCAGGUGUCAGCUGUGACCCUUUUGAGCCUGGCAGCUUUUCUAAAUAAUUGAGUGGCCUCUUGGUGUGUUGACACACCUCUCUGUAUUGUCUCCCUCUUGCAACUUUGCCACAUUCUGCUCCACUCUGUAGCCCCUCUCCACCACGUCCAAGUGUUCAGAUUCCACUCAGAGACUUUUCUUACCCUUAAACCCAAAGUCCAGACUCCGAGGCUAUGAGAGAAGCCAGCAGGGAGAUGUUUUUCUCUCUUUUUUUUUUCCCCUGAAAGUUUGGCUUCUCAUCAGCUGAAACAAUAUCAUUGGGUUGUCAGCUCUCAUUGCCCCCCAGUGUUUUUUAAGAGAGAGAUAUCAGCCUUGCAAUUCAUACCAGAGAGGAGGGCAGGGGAUGAUGGGGGGGAUGGAGGAGGCAUUCAUCUCAAUCCAGAGGCAAACGCGAUGAGAAGGGAUCCAAACCGCGUGCAGACCCACACAUGCGAAACGUGCACACACUCGUCAAAUUUUACCGAGAGUUUCUGGCAAUGUCAGAAAGCCUGCAGACUCCGCAUCUAUUCCCCUGGAGACAAAGAGAAACACAAUUUUCUCUCAAAACUCUAAUUCUACUAGACUUGUGAAAUGAAUCAGUGAGCUGUCUCAUUGGAAGCUAGAGCUUGAUGAUGUUUAUAGCUGCAAAAGAAGCGACUGAUGCUUUAAAAUGGGACAGAAAAGUCCAAUUUGUCCAGCCAGAUCAUUGUGAAGAGUAGCUUCACAAACGCACCAGAGAAUCCGUCAACUGCAUAUCUGGUGUUUCUAUUUGGGUUGAGUACAUUCUCUAAGAUUCCCCUUGCUAUUUUCAGCUCCAUACAUAUAAAGUGCCCUGUAAAAAGUAUCUGUACCCCUUACAGUCAGAAGCACAAACGUUAUUGUGUCAACAAUUGCUAGAGAAGAAAAGGCCUAUUUAAGACCAAGGAGGACAAUAUCCCAAGUUUUUAGCGUAGGUGGAUGCGGCUGUCGACCUAAACUAAAAGACUAAGUAGGGAGAACAUUAAUCGAGAGAAGUGAACAAAGAGGUCCAGGGUAAUUCUGAGGGAUAUACAGAGUUACCCAGAGAAUAUGUAAACAGGAAUACUAAAUUCAGCCUCUAUUUGUAGGAGGAGUUGUAGAUAGAAAGUUAUUCUUUAAAGAAAGCUUUAAAUUUGAAAUUUAUUUAGGCGAAACAGAUCGCCUAAAUGACUUUAGAAUCUGUUAGAUGCUGCAAAAGACUGGGAUUCAAAGUUCACCUUCCAGCUUUAACACUCUUACUAUACAGCCAGAGACACAAUGGUGAUAUAAACCAAGACAUUUGUGUGUUAGAAUAAAUAAAGAUCUAAAUCCAAUUCAGACUUUACCACCAAACUGAUUUUUAAAGUUGCUCUCUGUCCAAUUUGACUCAGCUGGAGCUAUUUAGCAAACAAACGGUCAAACAUUUCAGUUUCUAGAAAUACAGAGGGGUAGAGUCACCGCUCCAGAAAGAACACAUCAAGAUUUCUGAUUGGAGCAUUACAAAAUGUAAAAAAGCUCAAGCGGUGCGAGUACUUUUUGCAAGGCUCUGCAUGCAUACUGGCUUCCUUACUGAUUCUUAACAACAUGGAGUGUUUCUGGGUGUAAAGGAGAGAAAGCACUAGAGAACAAGAACACCUUCUCCUGGAUGGAGCCGUUUGAUGCCAGUGUUUAGUGCUGCUGCUUGCGCUGCAGUUUGCUUCACUCCCUCUUAAUGAAGUGUCUCAGCACUACACGUGAGUGACUGCUAGCACUUAAACAAAUCACUAAUGUAAUUCAUGCCUCGGAUGCACACAGCUUACACAUCAAGAGAGCUUACUUGGUCUGAGGCUAUGCUUUCAUCCAAAUGGAGGAAAAACAAAAUGAGAACUUUUUUUCCUCUCCUGUUCUAAUGCCCGACCAGCAAUUUAGAUGUUUGGAUUUGCAGUUUUCUAAUGUGACCUAAAAUCUUUUGUUUUCGUGUUGGUGCCCUAGUCGUCCUACUAGCAGGAUUUAAGGAAUGCAACGUCGAGCAUGACUUGCCUCGAUGUUCUGUUGGGUUGAAAUCCUUCGUAAGUCCAAAACCUUCAUUUCGUUUUUGUUGAGCACGCAGCACAUUCGCAUUCUCAACACGUCGCAUGCUGAUUCUUGAUCACAGGCCUACUGUGUAACAUUUGAUGGCCCCAGAAAUCCCCUAGGGCCGCUUUUCAGUGCGCAGGGUAUAGUGAUUUACAACAGCAGCUCUCUGAAUGAGAACAGGGGAUGCUGCAGAGGCAAUAGAAAGCAAGGAGACCCUUCUUUGGUUAGACGAUUUGAUAGUAAGACUAUCUAGUACUAUCAAUUAUCCAAUCAAUGCUUGUUCACCUUGUUCUCCGUUUGACUUAUCAAGCAUUGCAGUCGGUUGUAAUGAAACCAUUUUAAAUACAGAGCCCCUCACAUUUCUCGGCGCCUCUGGUAAAAAAAAAAUAAAUCUUAUGUUUUAUUGUAGCAGCAUGAUUUCAGGUGGAAAAGUGUAUAAAACCCUUUAAUCUGGCUACAUUUAUUCAGCGAAGAAAAAAUAUGUUAAGAAGAAAAUCGACAGUGCCCCUAAAAAUCUCUUCAAACAUGUAUGUGAUUAAAGCAUCUCUAAUGAAUGCGUUACUAUUUUUUAAGCUCCAAAAGGUACAAACAUGCCACAAAGACAGUUUGAGAAGAAAAAAAAGCUAAAUACAUAUUCAGUUCAUCAUUGGAUGCGGCAUCUACAAGCUAACUGCUCAUUUUAAAGUUAGCUAAACUCUCUUGGGACUUUAACUGGAGUCGGGUGUUUUUGUCAGACAAAACUAAAGCUGGUGUCACACCGUUGUUUCCUAUCUUGCCAAGUAAGCAGACUUUUGGAACAUAAAGUCUUGCCAUAUCUUUGAUGUAAGCAUUCCAGAUAGCGCAUGUUUAUUGGGAUCAAGGAUGCAGAAUUCAGUAUGUUGCCACAUUCUGUUGAGAACACUGACGUCUCGUCUCAUUGUAUGUUUUCUUCAUAUUUAAAGGUCGUCUGACUGCCAGCGAAUGAAAUUUCAACGCUUUUGCCCAUUCAAGAGCAAAUGCGUUAGUACAAAUGCAAACCUCAAAUAUUUGGCAGUCAUUCUAAGUAGAGACUUUCCCAGAGCAUCAGUUUAAUAUUAGGGAACAUCUCUGGUGACAUUUGGCCUUAUGGAUACAUAUUAAUCUAACACAAUGAUUAUGAGAUCUAAAAUUUCUACAGUGUAUGUUCCUGAGGGACAAUAUACACUGCCACCAUCAGACAUGCAAUUAAUUUCCAUGAACAAACCCAAACUGGCAGAAUUAGACUUGAAUUCAAUGCUCCAUCAAACCUCUUGUACUUUUUGGACCUCCUUAGCCUUUUAUGUCCUAAAUUUAAAAUCUCCGCCUGGAUAUUUUUGCUUAUUUUAAUUGUACGCAGUUCUUUAAAUGUCCUGUGAGUAAAUAUAUAUUUGCCCAUUUAUCCAUAACAACUAGAACUUUCCAUAUCUAGCAACUUAUUUUCGCAAUUUACCGUCUAUUAAAAGAUUGCCGCCCCUCAGAUUAAUUUCACUUCCUGCUACGGCGGGGGCGAAAUUACCGAUGUCGGCUGGAAAGCGCAACGUCUCCCCGUUCAGAAACCGUUGGAAUUUUUCAGAUUGCGUGUGGCGGAAUUACGGUGCUGCAAAUUUGGUUGGACUGUCGGCGCUCCUUUUAGGAUUUGGAGGAUUAAUUCAGGAUGUCGCCUUUGAUUAAAAACUAUCUACAGGUGAAAACCGGACUCGUCUAAUGAUGUUCAAACACAGUGUUCUCGAUGUUAUGUGCGCCUUCCAAAAACCCUAGCUACUUAGAAUUGCUUUUAUUGCUCUUAGGUAGUUACUGGCUAUUCACAAGUACGUUCACUCAACACUGCUUAAAAAAAUAUUGAAGAAUGUCCUUCUGCCUGACUAACUACACAAGUACCUUUUGAAUCUUUUAGAGAACUUGUCCAGCAAUGACUCCUCCUCAAACCAAUAUUCCUAAAAA